AACAUACUAAAUAUAUUGAUAGUGAUGAUACUUGGGAUUUCGAUAAAUCACUACUAAGUUUACUUAAUUGAAUGAUUGGUAAUUAUUAUUUUUUAUAAAUUAGAUUAAAGCCUAUUUAAGUUAGAUAGGAUAAAGCUAAGGCUAGACCUUAAGCUGUUAAUGAAACCAUUACAAAAUUAACUGAUAUUUACAUAAAAAGGCAAAUGCUCUCAAUUCUACUCUGCCUCGGAUUCUUGAAGGAAAAAAAUUUAUUUUUAU